AUGGCGAAGAAGUGCCUUCAUUGGCACUACUUCAACAUAAAUAAACCUGUAGCUCAAUCUUCAAAAAAUUACAAGAAAAUCAACCUGGUGGAAAAGAAUGAUGAACUGAAAGAUGAGAUAGAUUUAACAAAGGAAAGUGAGAAGAAAUCCUUUGCCAGCUUGUUUACAGAUAAUAGAAAACCUGGAAAAGGCUUGCCCCUUAAUUUCAUACCAUCUGAUCAAUCUAAUGCUGCUGUUUUUAAUGAAAUGGAAUGGAGGGAAGGAGUUGAUUACUGGAAGAAUGCUCUAAUAGGUCAUGUUAUAGGAUUCAAUGCAAAAUUCAAAUCCAUGGAAGCAUAUGUAAAUAAAGCUUGGGGGAGAAUUUCAAUUCCUAAAAUCAUUCUAAUCAAAUCAGGUGUAUUCUUAUUUGAUUUCCCAUCGGAGCAACAGAUGAGAAAAGUGUUAGAUGCAGGACCAUGGUUUUUUGGUUCAAGACCAUUGAGUGCUACAGGUAUCAGCAAAAUCUCAAGUCUUAUAGGAUGUCCAAUUACAACUGACAUGCUUACAGCAACAAGGCAAAGGCUAAGCUAUGCUAGGGUUCUACUGGAAGUGAAGCUGCCCUUAAAAGAACCACUACCUGAUAUAGUUGAAAUACAAGGACCUGAUGGCAAAAAGUAUAGGCAAAAUGUCAUAUAUGAACUUAAGCCAAAAUGGUGCACAGUCUGUAAUAUUGUGGGACAUGAUACUGAAUACUGCAGGAGGCAAAAAGGAAGAAAAAUGUGGGUUCCUGUUAAUAAACAGAAGGAAGUUGUGCAAGCUCAUAAGGUGCAAACUGAUACGCACAGUGCUCAGGAGCAGGUUGAUAGAUUGAAUACUAAUACAGGAAAAGAGAAUGAUGUGCAAAAGGUUUUACCAGAUAAUGAAUCUGCAUAUGAGGCUCAGGGAAAAGAUAGUAUGAGUAAGGAAGGGUGCAAUACAUCACAGCAACUAACAGAAAACAUGCACAGCUUAAAAGACAAGGGUAAAGCUGUAGGCUCACCAGGUGCACAAGGCAUCAAGCAUGGUAGCCCAUGCCUUACAAAUGUAUAUCAAUCCCCAACUGUGAAUGCAUCAGGAUUCACAAGUGUGAGUAGAGCACAUAUUGCUAGAAGAACAACAAUCAAUAUUGAUGGGAAUUCAAAUCAGAAAACUCAAUUCUCCCCUCUAGACCCACAGUACAAUAUUCCCUUUAUAGCUCUUCUAGAAACAAAACUAAAGGAAGAAAAGAUGGAGCAUAUUGCCAGGAAAUUUGCUAGAGACUGGAAUUGGAUUUCAAAUGUUCAGGAAGCUGGUAAUGGGAGAAUCUGGUUACUUUGGAACAAUGAUUUAAUGACAGUUCAGAGUAGUAGCAUAACUGAUCAAUGCCUGACUUGCUUUGUCCAAUUGAAGAAUGGAAAACUAUCAUGCUUAAUGUCUAUGGUUUAUGCCUCAAAUCAAAGGGAGAAUAGGAAAAGAUUAUGGCAGGAUCUUCUGGAAAUCAAACAAAAUGUAAACUGCCCUUGGUUGGUUGGGGGAGAUUUUAAUGCAAUCAUUAGUGCUGAAGAAAAAAUGGGAGGAGCUCCUAUUUCAGAUGCUGACACAGAAGACUUCCAAAACUUUAUUUCAUCAAGCCAACUUCUUCACAUAAAAUCUAUUGGAUGUUUCUACACUUGGAAUAAUAAGCAAGAUACUAAUACUAGAGUCUGGAGCAGAAUUGACAGAAUUCUGAUUAAUGAUAAAUGGUUGCAUCAUUAUACAACAAGCCAGGUGGAAUUUCUAGUACUAAUGUGCUCAGAUCAUUCUCCAGCUCUUGUGUCUGUUGGGGAGGAGGAUUUUCAAGGAAAAAAACCUUUUAAAUUCUAUAAAAUGUGGACAAAACAUCCUAACUUCUUUGCUCUUGUGAAUUCUGUCUGGGGUCAAGAGAUAAAAGGGUACAACAUGUACCAAUUUUACUCUAAACUUAAGAAGCUGAAGCCUGUUCUCAAAGAGUUAAAUAAGAAGCAUUUCAUGAACAUUGGAGAGCAAGUUGCAAGAGCUAAAGAGGAAUUACUGGGAGUACAAAAUCAGAUGAGUCUGGAUCUUCUAAACCAGAAUCUGAUUACUCAGGAGAAAAAAUGCAUUCAAAAAUACAACAGGCUACUUCAAUGUGAAGAAUCAUUUCAUAGACAAAAGGCAAAUAUCAGUUGGGCUGUGCAUGGGGAUAGAAGCUCACAAUAUUUCCAUUCAAUCAUGAAAGCUAAAAGCAAAUAUCAGUUGGGCUGUGCAUGGGGAUAG